AUGGAUCUCGAGAAGAAUACCUACCUCGAGAAGAACAUGGAUCUCGAGAAAAACACAUACCUCGUCGAAACCUCCAGCAACCUCGACCAAUCGCACUCCCACUCCCCCACAGACACCCACGAACUUUCCCCCGGAUUCGAUGGCAAACACGACGGUAUCAGGCUCAAGAAAGCCCUCAAGGCUAGACACGUCUCCAUGAUCGCCAUCGGUGGCUCCCUAGGAACAGGUCUCCUCAUCGGAACUGGCUCCUCCCUCUCGCUGGCUGGCCCAGGAUCCAUCUUGAUCGCUUACGCUUUCGUCGGCCUCCUCGUCUACAUCGUCAUGUCCUGUCUCGGCGAAAUGGCCGCCUACAUCCCUCUAGAUGGUUUCACCUCUUACGCUACAAGAUACGCUGACCCUGCUCUAGGGUUCGCCGUAGGCUACUCUUACCUCUUCAAAUACUGGAUCAUCGUCCCAAACCAACUCACCGCAGGUGCACUCGUCAUCCAGUACUGGAUCGACCGUGACAAAGUCAACCCGGGCGUCUGGAUCACAGUCUUCCUCGCCGCAAUCGUCCUCAUCAACUUCUUGGGCGUCAGAUUCUUUGGCGAAAUCGAAUUCUACAUCUCCGCCAUCAAAAUCCUCGUCAUGUUGGGACUCAUCCUUUUGCUCCUCAUCCUAGCCUGUGGAGGUGGGCCCCACGGUGACGCUAGAGGGUUCAAAAACUGGUCCAAUCCUGGCGCCUUCAAAGAAUACUCAAAGGCAAUCACUGGCGAUAAAGGCCGUUUCGUAGCAUUCGUUUCAGUCUUCGUCCUCGCACUCUUCGCUUACCUCGGUACAGAACUCUGCGGUAUCGUCGUCUCAGAGUGCAAAAAUCCAAGAAAAGCAGUCCCAAAGGCUAUCAAGCUCACCAUGUACCGUAUCAUCAUCUUCUACUUGAUUUCCAUCUUCCUACUGGGCUUGGUCGUCCCAUAUGAUGACAAAUUGCUGCUCAACGCCAAGAAAGCCAAGACUUCCGCUGCUGCUUCCCCAUUUGUGGUCGCCAUCAUCAAAGCCGGUAUCCCAGUGCUCCCAUCGUUCAUGAACGCUUGUGUGCUCAUCUUCGUCUUCUCAGCUGCAAACUCCGACUUGUACGUCGCUUCAAGAUCCCUCUACGGCUUGGCUAUCGACAACAAAGCCCCCAAGAUCUUCGCCAAAACAAACAAAAACGGUGUCCCAUACUGGUCCAUGCUCAUGGGAAUCCUGUUCGCCUUGCUCGCCUACAUGAACGUCUCCUCUGGAAGCGCACAGGUCUUCAACUAUUUCGUCAAUUGCGUCUCCAUCUUCGGACUCAUGAGUUGGAUCUCAAUCCUCAUAAUAUACAUCAGAUUCGACAGAGCAUUCAGAGUCCAAGGCGUAAGCAAGGAUGCGCUCACGUACAAGUCCCCAUUCCAGCCAUACAGCGCAUGGUUCGCCCUCUUUUUCUGCUGCUUGAUCGGCUUGAUCAAAAACUUUACCGCCUUCCUUGGCGAUAAGUUCGACUAUAAGUCGUUCAUCACGGGCUACAUCGGUAUCCCAGUGUACAUCAUCUCGUAUGUUGGGUACAAGUUGUGGAACAAGACCAAACUCAUCCCAUCCGAAGAAGUCGAUCUCGUCUCCUUCAAAGAACCAGUCGAUUUGGAGGAAGAAGAAGGCAAAUUGUUAGACGAGGAAAGAGCCGCUUAUAUCAAGGCCCAUGGAAAAGACAUGAAAUGGUAUUAUGAAAAGAUCUUCGGAUGGAUUGUGUAA